AUGUCAGCUACACGUUUUAUGACACUCGCCAAGUCCCGCGUGGCAACCACUCCUUCCACAAUUGCUGUACGAUCUAUCUCGUCGACAGCUAGACUUAACAAAGGCCCCGUCGAUGCGACUAAGGACACCCUCAAGAAGGCUGAUCGGGUAGUAUCUGAUGUUGCAGUAAAAGGCAUUAACAAGGGCGAGCAAGCUGCCGGCAAGAUUAAGGAGGUCGUCGGCGGUGCUGCAGAAGAUGCUAAGAGCAAGGCAGGCGAUGUAAAGGGCAACGCAUCCGAGUACGAAGGCAAGGUCAAGGGAACCGCCGAGGAGGCAGCUGGAAAGGCCAAGGGAAAGGCACAUGAGGCAGUUGGCAAGGCUAAGGAGCAUCUCGGCUGA